GGCAAUGUUGGCUGAAGCAUGCCCUUACUAUGCCAGUGUUAAGCUACCAUCUGACUUCCAGUAGUCCUGGGCCCCACACCACCACCUGCAGUCCUCCUGGCAUCCUCCUCCAAUCCUGUUCCAGAGUUUUCAUCAUCAAGGCUAAUUUCUGCCUGUAAUCUGAUUAGGGUUCUGAGCUGCUUUAGCACCCUGCUGUGCUGUCUCUCCCUCUUUCUCUCGGCUCGCUUGCGUGCACGAACACACACCGACAUACACACCGGCAUUGCACGACUGCCAGUCUGUCCAGGCUGUAGCUUGCUUUGUGGCCAGUCACUCUGUUCUGCAUAUCCGUGUGUGUAUAUAUGUGUGUGCGUGCGAGGUCGUGUCACCACCUCCAUCCCUCCUUUUCGGCUUGCUGGUAGCAACCUUCAUCUUCACUGCUGCCACUCCUGCUGUCCACCACCGUUACCACCACUGUGACCAGAGGGGAGUAUAGGCGUAGGCUAUCCUUCUGUUCUUCUCCCUAAACAUGUUUCGAAACCCAUGGAUCUCUAGUUACCAUGUGAACCAUGUGCAGCCCUCUGGCACAGGAUUUGGAUCUAAAGCGUCUACCAAACUUUGUACCUCCACCUCGCUGCCAACAGACACCUUAAGUUUUCAGAGUGACUUCUCCUUGAAUGACAAGACCGCUUUGGUCAAGAGUGUUUCAGAUACAGAUGCCAAACUUCUGGUUGUCCUCCCCAAAGUUUCAGAGUUGAAGAAAUAUUUUGAGGGAGCGGUCAGAAAGGAUUUGGGAAUGAACAGGAAGGAGAGGAUAGCCCGGCGCCUGGAGGGCAUUGAAAGUGAUGCACCACCUGCACUGGUGCCUGGUGGAUUGGUCGCCAACAGGAUGCUUGAGGAGGAUCCCCCACGAUACACCCGCGCCUCAGACCCCUGUGAGCCUUGCGUGAUGGUGAAACGCUACAGCCGAGAGGAGACGGUGGCUCCACAGAAGCAGGUGUCAUCUCCUGACAGGUCACCUCAGGUCAAAGGUGGUGCUGGCAGCAGCCGCCCAGAGCCAGUGUUGGUUUAUGUUGACCCAGUAACACUAUCCACCUCUUCUACACCCACAUCUGGCCCCACAGAAUCCACAAACCUCAGUUCUAAGGCUGAGCGCAUCGCCCGCUACAAAGCUGAGCGCCGGCGCCAGCUCUCAGAGCGUUAUGGCAUCCUCCUGGAUCAGGAAGCGGACAGCGAUUAUAUACCACGCUACCGUUCCAGGCGUGAUCCAGACUCCGCUGACAGACAAACUGCUGCCAGGCGAGACAGGGACAGACCAGAAGUAGAGACAGAAGGACGCGACCCUAGGGUGCCGUACCGCUCUGGAGUGGGCAGGGUUUCCAUGAGGACUCACCCAGAUCCUGCGCCUGUUAGCACAUCAAGCUCCUCCGAGUCAAACCAAGCCCCUCCCCCCUCUCAAGAAAGACCAAGCCGAUUUUCAGAACGGGAAAGAGUGAUGAAUAUGGAGAACUAUCGGCGUGGUGGAGCUCAGGAGCGCUCAGUCUCUUCUAGAACAAGGACUCAGGAACAGCAUCCAGCCCAGCCCCAACAACAACAGCAACCCCAUCAGCAAGAUGCUGCCCAGCAGGAGCCAAGUCCAGCCACCACCCGGGACUACAGCAUUGCAGCAGUGCCCAGCUCCCCUCGCACUGCCCGCCGGGCAUCCCUGCCCUCCACUCGCUACGGCAUCUCACCUGGGGAUUUAUUCAUUGAGCAGCAGGCCCAGAGCAUCCUAAACAGGCAGGGCCUGGCCGCCCUGUCAAAGAGCGACUGGUCUCUCAACACAGACUCAGAGAGUGAUGCUCAGACAGACUUCACCUGGCCCUCAAGAAUCCGAGUAAGGGAACGAUUGUCCAGGGAUGAAACUGUCAAGAGGCCUCCUGACUGCAGUCCUGAUAGGCACCAGGAUAACAGACAUCGUAUUCAAGGGAGCACAGCUCAAUAUACGCGACAGCAUUCAGAACCCACCCAGCAAAGGACAGUUCCCCAGCCUCAGCACAGCCUAGGCUACCAUCCGAUUCAUGGGCAAAUACCCUACCCUACUUCGAACUCCGACUACCAACACUCUGGCCCUGCUAUGGACUCUCAGCCCUAUUUGGCCAUGAUUCCAUUAGAACCAAGUGCCAGACCUUCUGAACCCCCUGAAGUACAACCACGAAGAAGAGUUAGUUCUGACCAAAUCUAUGCUGCCCAUAGGGAGGCGCGAUUGGAAGCGAGGCAAGCCCUAAAGGAAGAAGUCCAAACAGAGGGCCUGUUAAAGAGCAGGAAAGCUGUGUUGCCCUCAGAGAUACGGCGAAGGGAAAGGAGUGUGGAUGACACACAUAGGGGACGACAUGAAGAUGCAGACUGGCAGAACAAAAGUCCAGAACGAAGGAGGGCAAGUCGAGGUGAGGAAGACUGGGAUUGGGAGAGACCAAGGGAGAGGGGGAGGGAGAGAAAUGUUGAAAGGAUCAGAGAAUGGAGGAGAGAGCUUGGCCAUGACGGCCUAGAGGAAAGAGCAUUUAGAUCAUCGCAGCCCAGACAGCAUCAAUCCUCUGACCCUAUAUGCUAUCAAGAGCCCCAAAUUCAGCAAGCAGGGCCUCUAAUGCAUCAGCACCACAACAGACAGCAUGCUGCACAACUUCAACAACAAGACCCGCAAAUGCAACAUAAGUAUGACCACGUGAGACAGCAAGUGGAGAGUCAAAGACAACAACAGGCUCAAAGACAACAGGAGUUGGAGCUACAAAGACAUAAGACUGUACGUCAACAGCAAGACUCCCAGGAGACACAACAUCCCCAAAUACACCAGGAGUCUGAGCAUCACAGGCAGCAGCAGCAGGCUCCAUCUGGGCACCAGAGGCUUAACUCAGCCUACCUCCAGAAGGGCUCCUCUUUGCCUCAGGCCAGACACAGAAGCACGGAGAUGAGUGGAGGGUCCAAACUCAAGACACGAACCCGCUCCAUGUCAGAUAUAGGUAUAAGCCAGCAUGCUGUCCUGUAUGGUAUGGACAUCGGCAGAGAGGCAUCCAGGACCGGCCCUGCACCAGGAAUGGCUAACGGGGAGACGGGCACCCUGGACACAAGGGUGUCAGUGGCACAGCUGCGACACUCUUAUCUGGAAAAUGCAAACCGGAAACCAGAAUUUGAGAGUACUAAAGUAGAUCUCUCAGCUGUGGAAGUAGAUCCGUCUAGCAGCAGUGAUCGGGACAGGGGUGUUCGCAGACCUCGGCGCUACAUCACUCCAGGAGACAGUCGAAUGUCGGAGAGGUUUAGGACCCAGCCCAUCACAUCUGCAGAGCGUUUGGAGUCUGAUAGGUCUUGUCUGAGCCCUUCACAACUACAGGAUGCUGAAGAUGAAGAAAAACUGGAUGAGAGAGCCAAGAUGAGUGUGGCUGCAAAGAGGUCUCUCUUCAGGGAACUUGAAAAAACAUUGGAGGGUGGUGUUCCCAAACCACGCUCACGAAAUGCGGCUGUAGAAAGACGUCUGAGAAGAGUUCAGGACCGCUCACACACACAGCCUGUCACCAACAAGGAGGUGGUCAAUGCUUCAAGUGAUCCUGCCACAUCUUCACAACCUCCGGUUUUCCACAGUAAUCUAGAUAAUGUGUCCGGAUCCAGAGUAGGCAGCACCAGUGUGACUAGCAUCAGCAUUCAGGGUUCCUCUCAGCCAGGCUCAACAGUCCAGGAGCAGGACAAGGAAAGCCAGGAGCACCAGAAACCAGCUCAGGCUUCCACUGCAGGGGUGGAGGUAAAUGGCCAGGAAGGUGUCCCAGAGGAGCCAGACCUUUCCACGCUCAGUUUGUCUGAGAAAAUGGCCCUGUUCAACCGCCUCGCCCAUUCUACAGGCAAGACUGGUGAGGGGACUCGAGGGGACACCCGCCAGCGCAGAGCUAAUGCUCGUUUUCAGACUCAACCUAUCACCCAGGGAGAGGUGAAGAAGGAAGAUGAGCUGGCAGUAACCUCUGCGGUGUGCAAUGGUGACUUAGAGACCAGUCAGGAGGAACAUCUGAAAAAUAGCGGCGAGAUCAAACUGGAGCCCCUGUCAGCCUCCCUGGUUCGAUCGGUGGCAGCUGUCACCUCCCAGGCCUCCAUCGCCAUGGUAACCAAGGCAUCAGGCAGCAUUGCCGGUGAUGAUGAUGGUCUCCGUUUAGAGAAGUCCACUGCCGUCACCUACAUCCCUGCCCAACAACAGGCUUCCAGUAGCACCAGCAUUCACCAGGAGAGGGCGCCGAAGUACUUCUCCAUGACCCAGAGUGGGGACCCAGGCCACCCAGAGUCUGAGCUCAACUCCUCCCCUCAUCCCUUCCCUGAGAGCCAGGAGAAAUUUGGGGCCCCUCCUGCUCCCACCUCCUCAACUGAUCACAGGCAGGAGGAGGAGAGUCGGAGAGCACCGAAAGAGGAGGAGGUGAGGCAAAGACAGCAGGGAGGAGCCAGAGAAGCCGGCCAAGGCAGCAGCAUUAAGGGUAAGCGGCACUCCCCCGACAGGGACAGAGACGACAGGCAGCAGCAUCCCCGGCUUCAGCACUUUGCCGAGCCCUCUUUGUGGGGGGGCGAGUCAGAGUCUCUGCCCAGCUGGAGAGCCGCAGACGGAGACUCCCACAAGAACAGAGACAGAGCAGAGGGAGGAGGACGAGGAAAAGGAGGCUACCUGAGGGAGGCUGCAGCAGCGCACAGUUCCUCCACACAUGAGCAGGAGAGAGGCAGUGGCCCGGUCUCAGAUGUGCCGGAUCAUCACGCGCCACUGAGGCCACUGAUAGCUAAAGUGUCAUCCAGGACUGUGUCUCACGUUUCAAGCAGCCAGCAGCAGCAGAAGACCGUCAUUCAGCCUCCCCAGACCCUCCCUAAACCUUUCACACAGCAGUCUCCUCCAAACCAACCCAAACCUCCAUCAUACAUCGAGCCCCAGCCGUACUCCCAGGCCCCACCAACAUAUCCCAAGCCUUUCAAUCACUCGCCACAAACCCAGCCCAAACCUCAGGGAUUCGUCCAACUUCUCCCUAAGCCUUACCAGCAGACAGCACCGCAGCCUCAGCUCAAACCCCAGGUGCCUCCGCAGACCCCCCCCAAACCUCAGUCCUUGCCCCAGGCGCUCAUCAAGUCCCAGUCCCUGCCCCUGGAACACAUCGAGGACUUGGGCAGACUCAGUGAUCAUUCUGGGGACCUGCUGUCCCCCACAGAGUCCGGAGACCAGCUGUCUGACGGCAUGUCCAGCAAACAGAUGUCCAUAAAGGAGAGAGUGGCACUGCUGAAGAAGAGUGGUGAGGAGGACUGGAGGAACAGGAUCAAUAAGAAACAGGAAGUGGUUAAAGUGGCAUCCACUGAGCAGCCAGCUCAGCCAUGGGAAACAGAUCAGACCAGCCAGAAGAAGGAGGAAGGGGUGGUUGUUCAGGACUCCUCUCUGUCUGUGUCUGAACAGCUGUGGGAGCCUGUCUUCUCCUCUACCUUUUCUCCUCCUAUCUCCCUUGGCCAAAAGUGUCAGUAUAUUGACCAUCAUAGUCAGAAGACGGGGGAGGAAAUUGAAGCCCAGAUGACCAUUGAGGAGAGGAAGCAGAUGAUUUCAACUCGUGAGGAUGCUUGGAAGGCAAAGGGCAAAGGAGCAGCUAAUGACUCCACCCAGUACACAGUGGCUGCACGUAUGGUCAAGAAAGGCCUGGCAGCCUCCUCCUCCGUUAUCAGCCCAAUACUGUCGCCUGUCUCCACCAAGCUGAAGAGCAGCACGCCAGCUGUCAACAAACCACAAGAGGAAAUUGAGGCGAGGCCGGACAUGGAGUCAGAUAAGAAGCUUGACAAGUUGGAAAGCUUCUUGGGGCGCUUGAAUAGCAAAGUGGCAGGUUUGCAGGAAACCACUAUAACAGUGACUGAGAAGGCCGUGAAGGAAGUGAUGAAGCUGGAUGAUGAGAUCUUCUCCAAGUUUUACAGGCGUGUCGCUGAAUUUCCACGCAUGCCCACCAGGAUUGACAUCAGCGAGGAUUUUGACAGCAUAUUUGGCUCCCAGGCUCCCAAGCUGACUUCAGCCAUGGUGCAGCACAAGCGCUCAGUUCGUCCUUCUAGAAACGUUCAGUCAUCUAAAAACCCUCUGAAGAUGCUGGCAGCUCGAGAGGACAUCCGACAUGAGUACACAGAGCAGAGACUUAACGUGGCACAGUUGGAAAGCAAGAGAAUGAAAUCCGAGAAGACGAUGAAUAAAACCUCAGAAUACUCCGAGGCUGCUCUGGCAGGUCUGGCCAGUAAAGAAAACUUCAGCAAUGUGAGUCUGCGCAGCGUCAACAUCUCAGAGCAGAUGUCUAACAACAGCGCUGUGCCGUACAAGAACAUCAUGCUGAUGCAGAUCAAAGGUCGUCGUCAUGUUCAGACCAGACUAGUGGAGCCCAGAGCGUCGUCUCUGAACAGCGGGGAUUGUUUCCUGUUGGUCACUCCAGAGCACUGCUUUGUUUGGAUGGGAGAGUUCUCAAACGUUAUUGAGAAGGCGAAGGCAAACGAUUUGGCCACAUUCAUCCAGACAAAUAAGGACAUGGGCUGCAGGGGGAACCAGGUGCAGACCAUCGAAGAAGGGGUGAACCCACAGAGUCCAGAUACUCAGGAGUUCUGGUCAGUCCUCGGUGGACAGAUGGCAUAUCAGUCGGCGGGUCCAGCAGAGGAGGACGAGCAGUUUGAGAAUGCCAUCGUGGAAACCAACUGUAUUUUCAGACUGCAGGAUGAUAAGCUGGUUCCUGAUGAUGAUGAGUGGGGGAAGGUCCCACGCAGCUCCCUCCUGACAUCCAAGGAGGUUUUGGUGUUUGAUUUUGGCAGUGAGGUGUAUGUGUGGCACGGUAAAGAGGUGACUCUGGCCCAAAGGAAGGUGGCCUUCCAGCUGGCUAAACACCUGUGGAACGGGACGUUUGACUACACGUGCUGUGACGUGAACCCUCUGGACCCCGGAGGCUGCAACAAACUCAUACCCAGGAAGGGCCAGGGCCGUCCUGACUGGGCAAUAUUCGGCAGGCUGACAGAGCACAAUGAGACAAUCUUAUUCAAGGAGAAGUUCGUGGAUUGGACUGAAGUAAAGUCCCCAACGCCAAAGGAAGGCUGCGAGCUUGUACCUGAGCAGAAGGAGGCUCCAAGGCGAGAGUGCCGGCCUUACGAUGCCACCCUAAUGCUGCCUGUCCUGCAGUCAUCAGUUUCCAUGAUUUUGGAUGGGGUGAAUGUCGGGCGUGGCCACGGUCGAGUGGAAUCAGAGGACUCCAUGAGGACUCAGCAGAUCGUCACAGUUUCUGUGGACGUUUGGCACAUCCUGGAGUUUGAUUACAGCCGUCUGCCACGCCAGAGCAUAGGCCAGUUCCACGAGGGGGACGCAUAUGUGGUCAAGUGGAAGUACAUGGUCAGCACCUCAGUUGGUCGCAGGCAGAACCCAGAGGCAAGGAGCAGUGGGCCCGGGAAGGAGAAAUGCUGCUACUUCUUCUGGCAGGGGCGACACUCCACUGUCAGCGAGAAGGGGACGUCAGCACUGAUGACGGUGGAGCUGGAUGAGGAGAGAGGGGCACAGAUGCAGGUGCAGCAAGGAAAGGAGCCGGCAUGUUUCCUGCAGUGCUUCAAUGGAGGAAUGAUCGUCCAUGCAGGCAAAAGGGAGGAGGAGGAGGAGAACACUCAGAGUGAGUGGCGUCUUUACUGUGUGCGUGGUGAAGUGCCGGUGGAGGGCCACCUGCUGGAGGUGGCUUGUCACUGCAGCAGUCUUCGCUCUAGAGCCUCCAUGAUCCUGCUCAACAUCAACAAGGCCAUCAUCUACCUGUGGCACGGCUGCAAAACGCAGCUGCACACCCGCAGUGUUGGAAACACGGCCGCUCUUAAGAUAAAGGAGCAAUGUCCUCUGGAAGCAGGUCUCCACAGCAGCAGCAAAGUGACCAUCCAUGAGUGUGAUGAGGGGGUGGAGCCUCCAGGCUUCUGGGAGGCUCUGGGGAGAAAAGACAGGAAAGCCUAUGACUGCAUGCUUCAAGAUCCAGGAAAAUUCAAUUUCACCCCACGGCUCUUCCAGCUGAGCAGCACAUCUGGAGAUUUUGUAGCAAAUGAGUUUUUCCACCCGUCCAGAGCUCCAGACCUGGUCAGCUCGCUGCCUUUCCUGCAGGAAGAUCUGUACAAUGCACCUCAACCUGCUUUGUUCCUGGUGGAUAACUUCCAUGAGGUUUACCUGUGGCAGGGCUGGUGGCCUCAGGACAGCGAGAGGACUGGCUCUGCUCAUAUCCGCUGGGAUGCAGACAGGAAGUGCGCGAUGGAGACUGUGCUGCAGUACUGCAAACAGAGGAAUGAGAAGAAGCCUCAGAAGUCAUACCUGAUCCACGCCGGCCUGGAGCCGCUCACCUUCACCAACAUGUUUCCCAGCUGGGAGCACAGAGAGGACGUGGCUGAGAUUACAGAGAAAGAGGCGGAGGUGUGUAACCAGAUCAUCCUGGUGGAGGACGUGUUGGCCCGGCUCUGUCAGAACACCUUCCCUCUGGCUCAGCUGCAGGCCCGGCCGCUGCCAGAGGGAGUUGACCCACUCUGCCUGGAGCUCUACCUGUCUGACCAGGACUUUGAGAAAGCUUUGGAGGUGAAGAGAGAGGAAUAUGAACGUCUGCCAGGGUGGAAGCAAGUGAACUUAAAGAAGGCCAAAGGACUGUUUUAAUCGUGUUUUUAAUAGGAGUUGGUACGUGAAGAGGUACAAGAGAGGACAGUCGAGAGGGAGAUGCGAGAAGAAGCCGCAGAGAGAUGAACCUGCUUUUGAUCUGAUACGAGGAGAAUGAGACUGGAGAUGCACUCGCCUCGCUUAUAGUGAUGUUUUACUUCUCAACUUUGUCGUUACUUAACAAAAUGAAAUUCAAGCGGUAUAACAAGCAGGUUAAAAAAAAAGACACCUGGCUUUGUUGCAUACAUGGCUUUUAUGUGUGUCAUAGCACUAAAAUCACCGCUUAUGGACUCGUCAAAGAAAAAGACUUGGACGCUUGUUGUCAGAGUGCCAUGCUGUGGUUGUGUAUGUGUGCGACUGUAUAUAAUGUUUGUGUGCAACGUUAAUUUGUGUAAAACUGUGUGUAGGUGCGCCUGUGACUUUGUAUCUAUGUAAAAACGAGUCCUGUCGUGUCAGAUGUUGUAAGGAAAGUCGUCACUUCUUCUGUCCACACUGUCUGGAUGCUGCCAGGCCUCAUAGGUAACUCAUAUUGCUCAAAACUGCUGAAGUGACCCUGGUCUAUUGGGCACCUGAGAGUUUCAUUAGGAGAGAAACAGCAGCUUGAAGAAUCUGAUUGUAUAGUGCCUUGCUUUUUGUGUACAGUUUAUAUACAGAAAUUCUAGUCUGCAUUUUUAAAGACUUUCUUUGUGAUAUAAGACAUAGUGAAUUAAAUCACAAUAAUGCUCAA